AUGAAAUAUUUAUGAAGAUGAGUGGUGACGGAUGUUAUGGGAGUGACGUGAUGGAGCUCAGGAGAUGCGGAUAACAUGACCUUGACAAUUAAUAAACUAACAAAUCUGCUUCUAAUAUUGAAUUAAUUUCUAAUUACAAUAUUGAAAUACUCGUAAAGCCUUUAAAAAUACUAGAAAUCGCGAAUGGAAUUGGGAAUCAUUAAAAAAAAAAAACAAACACAUAGCACAUUUAAUUAAUUUUGUUUGCUUCUCUGUUUCCUUUAAAAAAGUCCAGAAAUGUGUCUUUUUAAACAUGCAUUGAUGAUGUUCACUGCAUUGCUGCGGCCUUUCAAGAUCUGGCAUGUUUCAACUCAUCUUAGAAGACGAAUUUGGUGGCCAGGUAAAAAAAAAACUAAACAAAACAUAACACAAAGAGAAGUUUCGGUUGCUUGGGUUCUUUCUGGGGAUAUUUGAAGUCAUUCUGAAAGUGAAAGCGAUGUUUUAGAUUUCUGCUGCUCGUUAGGUGAACAUGGAUUCUCCAGCCGAAUACGAUUACAGCUGCCCGGUGUGUCGCGAAGUCUUCAGCGCUCCUGUUAUUCUAGAGUGCAGUCACAGCUUCUGUAAAGAGUGCCUUCAGAGGUUCUGGAAGAUCAGGAAAACCCGCGAGUGUCCCGUCUGCAGGAGGUCCUCGAGACACGACCCUACGUGCAACCUCGCGCUGAAAAACCUGUGCGAGUCUUUCCUGAAGGAGAGGAACGAGAGCGCUUCCCCGGCGUCCGAGGAGAUCUGCGGAUUGCACGGCGAGAAACUCAAACUCUUCUGUCUGGAGGACAAGCAGCCUGCGUGUUUGAUCUGCUUGACUUCACGGACGCACGACAGUCACGCGUUCAGACCCAUCGGGGAAGUGGCUUCGUCGUACAAGGACGAGCUCGACGCGGCGCUGAAGCCCUUGCGAGAGAAACUUCAACACAAAGAAAACAUCAAGGGAGAGUUUGAGAGAACCGUUCAACACAUCGGGUCUCAAGCUGAUCACACAGAGAGUCAGAUUAAACAGCAGUUUGAGAAGCUUCAUCAGUUUCUCAGAGAUGAAGAAGAAGCUACAAUCACUGCACUGAGGGAGGAAGAGGAGCAGAAGAAGAAGAUGAUGAAGGAGAAGAUGGAGGAGAUCAACAAACACAUCUCAGCUCUUUCAGACACAAUCAAAGACAUGGAGCAGAUGAUGAAAGACAAUGACGUCUGCUUUCUGAAGAAGUUUCCGGUCUCAAAGGAAAGAGUCCAGAUCUCAUCACAUCCGGAUCCACAGACACCUUCUGGAGCUUUGAUUCAUGUUCCACGAUACUUGGGCAACCUGUCCUUCAGAGUCUGGAAGAAGAUGCAGGACAUCAUCCAGAACACUCCUGUGAUACUGGAUCCAAACACUGCUCAUCCAUCUCUUGUCCUGUCUGAUGAUCUGACCAGUCUGAGAUGGAGUUUGAGCAGUCAACUAUUUCCUGAUAAUCCAGAGAGAUUUGACGAGUAUACCUGUGUUCUGGGUUCAGAGGGUUUUAACUCUGGGACACACUGCUGGGACGUGGAGGUUAAAGAUAGUUUAUACUGGAGUCUUGGAGCAACUACAGCAUCAAACCAGAGGAAGGGACCUGUUUUCUUUAACAGUGAGGUCUGGUGGGUGCAGUAUGGACUGGAUGAGCGGUUUGGUUUUCCUGUUAAUCAGAGGCUGGAGAGGGUGAGGGUGUAUCUGGACUAUGACAGAGGAACACUGUCCUUCUCUGAUCCUGUAACUAACACACAUCUACACACAUUCACAACCACCUUCACCGACACUGUCUUUCCAUUUUUCUGGUGUAAUGAUUUGAAAAUUGUACCAGUUAAAUGAAUACUGUAGUCUGACAAAUGUCAGAAAAGUGGUCAUUCCUCUAAAAGGGACCAAACUGUAACAUUAAUGGGGUCAUAUGACCUCGCUAAAGAGAACAUUAUUAUGUGUAUUUGGUGUAAUGCAAUGUAUUUAUGCGGUUUAAGGUUAAAAAACUGUAUUUUCCACAUACUGUAAAUUAUUGUUGCUGCCCUAUGCCCUGCCUUUCUGAUGUUUACAAAGCUUAUUGUUUUCAGAAGCCAGCUGAUUGGCCAGUUAUCCAGUGCGUUGUGAUUGGCCAAAUACCUCAAGCGCGUGAUGAAAAUAUAUAUAACUAUAAUGCAAUGACCUGUCAUGGUGAAAAAACAAUAAAUGACAUUUGAAACAAGUCAUUUGUUGCAUCCAGUUAGGGACAUAAUUACUGAUUAUAAUGACAUCUAUGUAAACACAACACCAUGUCAAAAUAUGAUACAAAAUCCAACCUCUACUCUACACCGCUCAAUUGGUUCUUUAAAUAAUAAAACAUACUUAUAGGCUGUGAGUCAGAAGAGCCAGACUGUCCUUGCAAAGUUGGUAUUGACCCACUUUUUAGAAACAGACUUCAUAGGUCUCUCUGCAGGUUUAAGAAUCAUUCUUCCGUAAAAAAAAAAAAUCACUGUAUACUUUCUUAUAUUUGUGUCAAACUGUUUUGGAACAGUGUUCUGGAACUUUCAACGAAACAUAGCAUCUCCAGAACAUGGCGCCGGCAGCAACGCUACAUCAAAAAUAGUAGCUCUGCCUUCUUUCUUUGCAUAAACAUUGUGGUCAUAAAAUCUUCCCACACAGUGAUGGUGGUGAGUUUUAGAAGGUGUUUUAGGAAGGCAUGGUAGAGUCUUAACUUUUAAAAAGAGUAUCUCUUUGGGUUUGAGACUUUAGUCUAUGCACAAACAGCUUGUAACACACCAAAGAUAAAGGAAAACUUCAAAGGAGAUGCAUGAGCUGGUUUCAAGAAAUCUGGUCUCCCAUGGAUAAUUGUCAGCUUUCAUUCUCUUUUUGGUGUUGGUCAAAAAAUUUGGCGAUGACUCUAUUGGGGAAAUCUAACACCAGAUGCUAGUGAUGUACGAUUCUUAAAA